CAUGCACUCAGACAUCUGCAGGCUGUUUAGGAUCAGAGAGGUGGAGUCAGCUCCGCUAUUGGCCAGAGGGGGAACAGAUCUCGACCCUGGGGACUGACACCACACCCAUCCGUAUGUGUGUUUGUGAGUGUGUUUUGAAUUGUGUGUGUUGUCCAACGUACACUCUGUCGGCGUAAGAAGAGUUGCCUGCUGACUCUCAGAAACGGUCACUUCAGCAUGAACGCUCACGCAACAGUGCCCCCUUUGUCAGGAACAAGCCCCUCUCCUUUUUCAGACCUUGUGACCAAGAUAGGACCCAAGGAAACCUAUGACACUGGAGAUUUUGCCGCUUUGAUUGGUGGAAUCGUGAGUGUAGUGCUGUUGUUAAUGAUCUGCGUCAUCGCCGUGCUGAUGUGGUGCCUGUCCAGACAUAAAGGCGAAUACGUGACCAACGAGAUGGAGGAGAAAGACGAGGACGCCGACAGCGGUGACGGCGACUCUGUUGGCUCUGAUGAAGCGCUCCAAUCUGAGGAACCUCUGACAGCCAAAGAGGAGAAAUAAAGGGGGGGAAAUGGGAAAUAGUGACAAAAGUGUCACUCACGUUGCAGACUUGAGAGCUUUGUAGCUUUGUUGCACUCAGCAAACAACAAAUAUGUGAGAAGGGAAGUUUAACGUUUUUAGAAGUAGCCGAUUUUAAAAAUUGCACUGAGCACCUUUGCACGUUGGCACCACUAAAUGUGAGCAAAGCACGACUGUCUGAAAUGUGAGCCCUUCUCAGGAAUGUGAACAACCAAAAGAAACUAAGAUGUGGUUUGUGUUCGGUAGACCUGUGUUUACAUUGUUCCCUCCUUAAAAGCUCCACUUUAAUGCAGCGACGCUGCAUAAAUUGCAAGCAGGCAUUUUCAUGCUAUGACUGACUGUGGUAUCCUGAAGCUAUGGUGGCCCCAAGGUGCCAAACAGAAAAAAGCAGAAAACACAAGGCUUAAAGUAAUGGAAAAAAAAAACAAGAUGAGCUCAACUACAAUAAAAAAGAGAGGGAAGAUGAAACAGAAAGAACAGAAAAAACUGCAAAAAGAACAAAAACAGUUUUAAAAGCAGCAGAAAGCAUAAACUAAAAAAACUGAAAAGUUAUUCAGUGCAUUGUUACACUUAUUUCCCUUCAGAUUGGCCUUCAUUUUUCUCCAUGGCUGUGUAUUGAUCGUGAGUGCGGUCAGAUGGCUGCAUAAAAGGUUCUUCAGCACAUGUCAAAGAUGGGGUUAUGGUCUGGACUCUGUUGUGACCAUGUGCGAAAAUGAUGCCUCAUGCUGCCAUUGUCAUCUGGUAAGAUGCCUGCACCAUCAGGGCAGGCAGAACCUGGUCAUUCAGCACAUUCAGGCAGUCAGCUGGCCUCACCGUUUGAACAUAAAUCAUUGAUAAACGUAGACCUGACCAACUGAACUCAACCUCACAUCAUAAGACUCCCCUCACAGGUCUCUACUGUUGGCACUAGGCAUGCUACUUCAUCCCAAUGAUGAUUGAUAUAACCUCAAAAUUUCAUUUUUAAAGGACAUUUGUGAUAAUGAUAUUUGUGUCUGAAUUACACUUGAUCUCAGACAGCAGCAUUUAUGAGUGCAAACAAAACAAAGGGCAUUUUCCUUAUUUUCCAUUGAGCUACUGUUACUGAUGGUUGAUUAGUUAAUGUGCCAGCACCAAGCUGCAGUGGCAUUAUAGUCCAAUAGUAGCCUUACAUACUGUGCCACAACCUUAGUCAGAUCUAGGUACAAAAGUAGCCCAGGCAGGGAAAUAGCUUAAAUAAUUAGCUUAACAGUGCUAAAAUAACUGAACCUUGUAAAUCUUCAGAAGGUGAACAAUAAAAUAAAAUUGAAAAAUAAUUUCAACCUGGCCUUGCUUAGAAAUUUCCAUCUGCUUCUUGCUCUUCCAAUCUUAUAGAGUGGGGCUAGCUCCAGCCAUGCUAGCUUGACUUUGUUUCCUUUUGAUUGCUAGCAUCUGCUCCUCACGUGCCUUCAACCAUGUAUUUUUUGCCUCAACUUUUCCUCCAUAUUUUGCAGCGUACUGUAUUUUGUUGGUGGUUGUUGAAGUAGCUUUCUUUUUUACUCAGAGCCCUCUCUCACUGUGAGGCGUGCCUGUGUUGUGCCUCUAGUGUGAAUAUGGCACAGCCCUAGCACCCAUCCCUCUGGAGCUAAAUAUGCGCUCGCCAGAUAACAUGACCUUUUCCCAUUGCUCCUGAGCCCAGUCUGCUUGCUCCCUGUCCUUUUGUUUUCUCAGUUAGCAUCACUGAUCGGUGGUUUCCUUAAGGCUGUACAGCCUUUUAAUGCCAAUCCCCUGAUUUUCUCUUCACACUGCCUGUGGAAGCGCUCUUAACUUGGUUAUUAAACUUUGCCAUGAGCUCUAUUAUCAUUUUUUAUGAUUUGCUUUCACUAAAUAUUUAAAUGAUCAUUAAAGAUUUUUAUUUUAUUUUUCAUGAUUUUUAUCAUUGUCCAGUUUUUGCAGUUUCAGAAAUGGCCUUCGUUGUUAAAAAAAAAAAAAGUGUAACAUCUUCUCCACAUCCCUUCGAUACAUCCUCCAACAUGGUUGUCUAACAAAAGAAAGAAGUUCUCACAGCAUCUGUUAGCAUUAAAUAAGCUUUUGCCAGCAGAAAUAUAUUAAUGACUGCAGUAGUAAUCCAGUGGAAAGCUCUUAAAUCCAGGCAGACUUUUCUUUCUUGGCAGAGCAGUGUACAUCUUGUGUUUACCAUUUUCUCGCUGUGUUGUGCACCUUGGGGCCAGCAUAAAGAUUUUCGUACAGAAACAACUCGCUGAGUCCAUAUUAUUAACAAUUCACGUGAUUGAUGAACAAAAUAAAUAGCAACACAUUUAAAUAACCUUUAUUUUAACGUUGGUAACAUUUUUGUUCCUGAGUACUGAGUUGUUUUUCUCAGCGUUUCAAGAAUUUGGCCUCAGAUCUCACAUUCUUCACAAGCUUCUUAUUUCUAAAACUUUUACAGCUGUUGCGAGUCUCUAUGUUGUCAGGCAGUUUUUGCAUCAUCCUGCCAAAGAAGCUGAAAGUUCAAAUGAGCCUAGCAGAUGAAGAUAAACAUCUACCGGAGUGCUUACUGCUGGUGAUUUUCCAUUGUGUUUGUUGUCAUAUUUUGAGGUCAAAGUAAUAAACAACUAACUACAGGUUGGAGUCUGACUAACAUGUGACAGUUAUGAAUCAGCAGGGAGGAAAAAAUCUUUGUAGAUUUCCAGCCCAGAGUGGUGCAUUUCUGUCUGUUUUCCCAUCAUCAAAGCUCCAGUUUUCUGCUCCAGCAGACUUUAUUGAUUUUAUCCUGUUUUAGUAAAAUCUCUUUUAUUUGCUGAUGUUUUUCUAAAAGUACAUUAAUAAACUUGAUACUUUGUGA